AUGUCUGAAAAAUCUGUGAUAAUUUCCGUAGAAGAUGAAGUCAAAUCACAUAAAAACAUAAAUUCUAGCUAUGAUAUGGUAGCAAUAUCGCCAAAUGCAAAAUAUAUUGUUGGGUAUAAUCAUAUUGACAAACAAAUUGUUGGAUGGAAUAUUCAAGAUAUCAAAGAAGGAAAAAUAGAAUCAGAUGGCACAGCUAAACCUUAUUGUGUUGAACAAGAAAAUAUUAACAACUUGUGUGUUUCUGAUGAAAAUAUAGUAGCAUUUAGUUAUAGAGAAAAAGAAUUUAAAAUUAUUGAUAUGAAAAAUCAGGAUCAAACAAUAAAAUUAGAUUUAAGGUCUAAUUUAUGCAACCUUUCUUUUAAAUUCAAUUUAAAUAAUGAGUUCAUCCUUCUUGAAUUUCCCUUUAUUCGGGUUUAUUCAACACAAACUAAAGAUAACAAAUGGAAGUGUCAAAAGAAAUUUAAACAAAUCUAUUUAACGGAUUUAAUAGAUAUAAUAUCUGAUAGAAUUUGGCUACUUAUGGAGUAUAAGCCAUACAUAAUUGAACUUAAUAUUAAAACUGGUAAUACUAAAGUUAUUUCCAAAAACUUAAAAGGGGUUAAAACGGAAAAUAUUAGAAUUUCUAGUAAUAAUAAGUUUACUUGUCUGAAAAUAAAUGAUGAAAUUAUUGUUUAUUUGGAUGAACUGAACAUUCCUAUUGCGUCAUUGGAUUCAAAUAAAGACAUACGACUAUAUAAAUUUAUGAAACAAAAUACCGACUUACAUUGUUUAUUACUCUCUUUAUUUGAUGAUAUGUCGAAAAAUCAAACUAGGAUUUCUUGCUUAAAUCAAAUAACGAAAGAUCCAUUAUUAAAGAAUAAUAAAACUUGGAAUUCUUUCUUAAACCAAUUAACGAAAGAUAAUUCGUUAUUAAAGAAGAAUUUACAACUUCAAUAUUUUCAGAACCAUUUAUUUGUAAUAGUAGACGAUUCCGUUCUCAAAAUUGAAAUUAAAUUGGAUUUAGAUAUCAACUCUUAUACUUUAGAGGAAUUACAAAUGUAUGAAGAUGAAGAAAAUUGGUUAACAUAUUUCGGAAUCGAAAGGCUUGAUGAAGAAACAAAUAACUUUAAUGUUAAAUAUGAACACCCGUUGAUUCACAAUAUGGAGAUUCCCUCGAGGGAUGUUUUUAAAGACAAUAAGAAUGAGCUGCAGAAUAUUGAAGUAAUGGGUUAUAGUAAAGAUGGACAUAUCGAAUUAGGUGUUCAUAUGAAAGUUAAUGAACAUGAAGCUGUUAAUUAUUUUAUAAAGAUUAAUCUUAGAGAAAAUUUUUCAAUAAUUCAAUUUGAAUUUCUUAAUGAAUUUAACGAUCUUGGCGUAGUAACUACUAUUGGAAUUUUUAUCUUUCAUUUAAAUGAAAGUGGAAAAAAUGAAAUUUCAUUAAAAUAUUUUUAUAAUAACACUUGGAACGAUAAAACUGACGUGGAUUAUGAUAGGAAACUAAUUAAUGGAUGGAUCUCAUACUUAAACGAUGAUAAAAUAGAUUUCCAUUAUAUGUUUUUGAGUAUUAUUACUGAGACUAUGCCAUUAUUGAAGGAACAAUAUCCUGAAUAUCUUACAAGAUAUUCAUCGGAUACAAACAUGAUAAUAAAUUCUAUGGAUUAUCAGGUCGAUGAAAUAACAGAAAAAUCAUAUCUUAAUCCUUUUACUGACACUACGGUUAUUAAAUAUAAUGAUCAGUUGGAACCCGCAUUUAAAUUUUUUAUUCCUUAUAUCAAAUUUGAUAAUUAUCCACAAGAAUAUAGUUGGUGGUGGGAAUUAAUUAAACCUGCACCCAGUACAUUUGUGGAAACCAUAUCUAGAGAUAUAUAUAAGACAAUGAAUGGAGAAGCUUUAAUUAUUUUCAAAUGGAAUAAAUAUGGAAAACUUUACUAUUCAAUUAUAUGGGUUGGAUUUAUUGCUUUACUUGAAUGCUUUACUAUAGCUGCAACAUUUUCUGAAGAAUUUAUACCUCAAAAUAUCAGAAAACAACUAUUGCUUGCCUCAACGAUUCUUGGAUUUGUUCAUUUAACUUUUGAAAUACGUCAAUUCAUUUAUAGUCCCUUAAAAUGGGUUCGUGAUGUUUGGAAUAUAUUGGAUUUAACAGCAUAUCUUCUUACAAUUGAAGAUCCUUGGAAUAUUACAACUACUUAUUCUAACUCCGAUCAAAUAGGGUCAACUAAUCCUAAUCCAUUCAUAAUUCAAAUCCCCGAUGCAAAUACAAACAUGUUCAGUGGUUAUGCAAAGGAUUUUAGUUUACCAAAGUAA